AUGCUCCACUCCAGUGUUUUGUGCGUACGUGCCUUGCGUGUAGAGAAAAUUAAAUGAAAUGUGUUGAAUGGCUUUUAUGACGAAUAAUAUCGAUGCUUUCUACAGUAUAAUUGGAUUAGUGAAACUGAAUAAGAAAGCCUCGAUACUUUUUUUUAUAACAUUCAUAUGCAAAAUGUACAUCGGUGACGGCAUAUAUUGGAUUAGGUGAUUUAAAUUUGUUGACAGCUGAGCAUUCUUCAACUUCUUGUUUUUCUUUGCCAAACGAGAAUUAAAAUAAAUAUGUGUCUGAUAUCGGAGUGACAGUAUAUCAAUUUUGCAUGAUUAAAUUUUACUUAAAAAGGACACGAACGCUAUUAAUGUUCUCUGAUAGUGCGGAAUAAUUUAAUAAUAAUAUUCACAACGGCUGUCUCUUUAAAAUUUUUUUACUUUUUCGAGUGUAAAUGUAUCGUGAUUGCAUAAGAGCUAAUGAAUGCCGGCAAAAUUUAAUUCAUUAAUUAGACGAGCCAUCGUUAAAAUGGGUGAUUGAGUUGGUGUUCGCAAAAUUCAUGCGCGUUACGUCAAAGUGAUUCGAUCAAGUUUCAUGAUAAUCUCACGAUUUUCCAAUGAAUGGAUAUUUAUUUCGAAAAUGUAACACAUGUUUAGCGCGUAAAAAUAUUUUACAUAAAAUAAAUUUCAGUAAAAAUACGUUUGCUUAUUUAGAAAUUUAAGUCGUAUGUUCUCGAUGGCGUACAGAGGCACGAACGAGCGAUCAGACUUCUGAUUUUAUCAAAACAAAUAGGCUGAGUAGAGAGAAUUCACGUUCGAUCGUUCAGAGGUUCGAUCGGAGCCGUUGAUGAUCGAAGAGUGGCUAGAGCGCGCGGUUUCGUUGACGAUCGUAUUUGGCAUCUGGUCUCAUCAAGGCGACGAUAAAACGUUGCGAGAGAAGGACGACAGUUGUUUAUCGAUUCGUCGAUCGACCGGGAAACGUCGCGCUUGUUUUUCACGAGAGACCAACGCUGGCACGCGGAUUGGAAAUCGGCGAGCGUGGGUCGACACACGGCGCCAACCUGUUGCUCGAGAUCGGACUCGUUUCCAUUUAGAGGACUCCGGGUGUCCAGCCUGGGGGACCCGUCCUCGAUUCGGAGAGCCAGGGAUUAAUCAACCGAACCGGCGGACAUUCGAGUGCCCGACUUCUGAUUAACGCCCGAGAAGCGUGUCUUUAUCGAAGGCGCUCGGGGAGCCAGCGAUUGAUCCCGGCUACUUCUGAUUAAAGGCGCGUUCUUCUCGAAGAGCUUGUUGACGAUAGCAGCUCUUCAAGAUAUGUCCUCGUCUCGAAACUAAGAAUUAAUCAACUCGUGAUUACAGACUCUUGUCAAAUAAGAACUCUUAUUAAGAUUAUAGGAUCGGCGAAAAAUUCUCGAAAUAAAUUCUCGAGACUUGGGGUUAAUGAAAAAAAACAAGCUCGCAUUUGAAUCUUUGAUUAAUGUCGAACCUAUACAAAGGAGAAAAACGAUCGCGUUGAAAUAAUAUGUAGCGUAACUUUCCGCGAAAAAUUUCAUCACCGAGUGGACGCCUACAAAAAGACGAGCAAAAUCCGCAAGACGCGCGAUUCAUAUCGAAGAUCAAGACCGAUGUGACGACGACGUGAAGUAAAUAUCUCAAGAUGCCUAGUUACUCGGUAAUUAGUUUUAUGGUCCUCUGGACCAGCUUGUCGUUGGCGAGCCUCUCGACGAGGGAGCUGCUGGAGUGUCGGGCGAACUUGACGGCGACGAUCAAGAACGACUCGAUGUUCCUGGGCAAGGUGCGCCAGUCGGACUACAUCUUCACGGGGAAGAUCAAGGAGCUGCGGCACGAGGGACAGCUAAUUCAUGCGCGCGUCAAGCGGGCGAUCAAGGGCGCGUUAAACGCCACCGUCGAUCUCGUCGUGAACGAUACCUGCGGCAACUACGUCAGACGCGGCUACACCGGCAUCUUCAUGGCGCGUCGCGGCGCCGGCGACGCGCGACACAUCGGCAAAAUCGUCAUGCACUUUGGUCCAGUUCCGCUCACCCUCGCCAAUCUCGACAGGCUGAACGCCGCCGUUAGAGAGAGCAAUGCGGGAGUCAAGCCGACCAUUAGCCGAGACGUGAACUUUUUGUUCGUGGUCGCGACCUAACAGAAUGGAUAAUGGAUACUUAAGCAUCCUAUUACGCAUCCAGCCGAGCCCCCUUC